UUCUCAAAACAGUCGUACCAAAAUGAAAAUUUUCGCGUUACUAUUUUUGUUAGCUUGUGUCUACUGGACAACUACAAGUGCUGAUGUACAUAAAUCUGAGCAGAAAAAUCGCUUUGGUCUCGUGAAUCAACGCAUUAGAUCUUUGCGCGACGGUCUUGGUGUUGGUUUCGCUAGUAACACGAAGACACCGAAGCCCGUUGCACCGCUAGCCGAUAAAGAUGAUGUUGACGAUCCAUGGGAUUUGGGCGCAUUCUUCGGGCAGUUGAGCACAAAAGUGGGUUCGGUCGUUAAAACUGCAGUGGGCGAUCUAUUGGAAUGUGUUGACAAUGUAUUCAAAUGCUUAAGCCCAGGUGGAAACAAAAAAGGAAAGAAAGAUCCAAAGGAUAAUAAAGGUGGUGAAGGCGCAUCAGGUGCAAAUUCGAAUCCGAAACCAACUGAGACGGUCAGCGUAAAACCGACAGAAUCCACAACUAGUGGUAGUACCACAGUCACUUCAACAGCAUCCACGACUAGUGGUAAUACCACAGUCACAUCAACAACAUCCACGACUAGUGGGAGUACCACCGUAAGCUCAACUCAAUCCACGACUACUAUUGCUUCGGGUAAAUAAACUACUGUCUCUGUAGUUGAAUAUAAAGUCAGAUACUGCAAAAUUGUAUAAAGUGAAACCCACUAAAACAAAAGCGUGGUGGUGUAACCCCGCAACCAUAAACUAGUA